AUGAGUCAGUCUUGUGGUGUGUGUGGCGUCUGGCCGCUGAGGCAGCAUCGUCUUCCGCAGGCCAAUGUGGAAGCUGAGAGUGCCGAGCGCUGCUUCUCAUGCGCCCAGUGUGGCAAGCGCUUCAAGCGGUCCUCGACGCUGUCCACCCACCAGCUGAUCCACUCGGACACGAGCCCUUACCCAUGCGACUUCUGCGGCAAGCGCUUCCACCAGAAUACAGACACGAAGAAGCACACCUACAUACACACCAGUGAGAAGCCUCACAAGUGCGUGGUCUGCGGCAAGGCGUUCAGUCAGUCGUCCAACCUCAUCACGCACACGCGCAAGCACAGCGGAUUCAAGCCGUUCGCGUGCCGCAUGUGCGGCUGCGCCUUCCAGCGGAAAGUGGACCUGCGCCGGCACGUCGACUCACAGCACUGCGACGCACCGGCCCUGCCGCCGCUCGCCGUGGCGCCGGCCGAUUGGACGGCCGCCACAUCGUCGGCAGCCGCCAGAGUCUGCGUGCCGCAGCCGAACACACGCCUCGCCUGA